GGGAAACCUGGGCCAUUGACAUAGACCAGACACUGGGAUUUGAGGCAAUGAAUGCUGAAGGAGACUUUGUUUCAGACUGGUCUCCUUUGCAUGAUGCCUCUAUCCAUGGGCGUCUGCUUACUCUGAAGAAACUCAUCAAACAGGGGAGUGAUGUUAAUCUUGUUACAGCAGACCAGGUGUCUCCUCUCCAUGAAGCCUGCCUAGGGGGUCAUGCAGCUUGUGCCAGUGUCCUAUUAAAACAUGGUGCUCAGGUGAAUGGAGUUACUGUCGACUGGCACACUCCGUUGUUCAGUGCUUGUGUCAGUGGCAGUGUGGCUUGCUUGAAUUUAUUGCUGCAGCACGGAGCCAGCCUCCACCCACCCUGUGACUUGGCAUCCCCCAUCCAUGAAGCUGCUAAGAGAGGUCAUGUGCAAUGUGUCGAAUUCCUCGCGUCCCAUGGGGUAAAUAUAGAUCACAACAUCAUGCAUCUGGGUACUCCGCUUUAUGUAGCUUGUGAGAACCAGCAAGUGAACUGUGCCAAGAAGCUGCUUGAGUCAGGAGCAAACGUGAACAGUGGCAAAGGGCUGGACUCUCCUCUGCAUGCGGCUGCCAGGAAUUGCAGUGCAGAGCUGGUGACGCUGCUGAUUGACUUUGGAGCGGACAUUUGGGUGAAGAAUGCUGAAAGCAAGAGGCCAAUGGAGCUGGUCCCACCCAGCAGCCCUGUGGGACAACUAUUCCUGCAGAAAGAAGGGCCACUGUCCUUGAUGCAAUUGUGCCGCUUGUGCAUCAGGAGGUGCUUUGGACACAAGCAGCAUCAAAAAAUAACUGGACUUCUCCUCCCAGACGAACUGAAACAUUUCCUGCUUCACGUUUAAGCGUUUGAUGUUCAAAAUGGUGCCUUUAAUAACACAGCAAGGUUUGUUG